AUGGCAUCCAUGCCCGGUCCUGACGAGGAUCGCAAGAACGAAGAACGAAUGGCAAACGAACCGAGCCAGGAGGGCAUCGAGGAUGCGUCGCUGUGUGGUCGUUGGUCGUCGAGCAAGGGCAGAGCAGCAGCAGCAGCAGAACGAGACCCCAGGGAGGAGGCCCAGGUUUCAGCACUAUAUGAGCUUGGACUACUUACCGACACAAACAAGAAAGGUCGGCGGAGAGAGAAGGACAGGGUAGCUGGUGGGUCCCGUGUUGCAGGAUUACCACCAAAGAAAGGUGUUAGCACAAUCGCAGGACUUCGAAAACCAACAACUUCAUCAACAUCGACUAAGCCGUGGGAUAGCACGAGUAAAACAUCGAGAGAUCUGCGCAACAGGUCCGGCAAUCAGAUGGCGGGCAUGCUUAGCGACUCGACGGUGUCGGAGAGGAGUCGUACAAGACGAGAAAGAACCUUUGUCGGCAGCGAGUGUGCAGUAUGCGAGGAGCCGUUAGAACACACCCUUCGUGGCGAGCGCAUUCUUCAAUUCUCCUGCGGUCACGUCUCGCACGAGGCAUGUUUCUACGAAUAUAUCAAGGAAUUUGAGUCGCAGUACUGCCCAACAUGUAACGCUCCCUUAGGACUCGACACUAGUAGAGGAGGAAAUGUUCUCGACAUUGAAAAAUUGAGCAACAUCGUACGAUCAGUCUCCUCGAACGAUGCAUCCAGAUCCAACCAAGCCACUCCUACCCCAUGGGACAACCAAACCAUGAGGCCGCCGAGCAGAGAAUCUAACCAGCGACAACAACAGCAGCAACAAAGGGAGGCGGAAUUGGACGCCGGCCGCGAUCCUAGGGCGCACAACAAUGACCACAAUAGGGACAGCAGAGACAGCCGAGAACGUGAAAAGUUUGGCCCUCCGUCGGAGAGACCUUCAGGACAAAGCAGUCAUCGCCGGAAUGAUUCAGAGGCUACAGGAACCGCUUCCUCAGUUGGCUACCCAGAAACUUCUACCAGUGGUCCUCCGCGUCGCCACGAUUACGAUGUGCAGUCAAUGGAAACAAGCAUAACAAGCCCACGAGCGAGCGUAACGAGGAAUCCAAUCCCAGCGCCAACGGUCAGUGUUCGAUCGGAAUUUCCAACAUUGAACAGGUCGCGUCAACAGCAGACUUUGACUUGUUUGGUAACAAUCGAGGUGCCAGACAACAAAUGGCGGCCAGAUCCUGAUGACUUACGAUCAGCCCCUCAAGCUCCAGUUGCACGUCCUGAAGAUACCUAUGCUCGACCGCCUUCACCAGCGCAAAGUGCACCUAAGUUCUACCCAUAUGAAGCACCAGAGGUACUGGAAGAGAUUACAGAAAAUCUCCGCGUAAGAGUAGAGAACUGGCAUGGUCUCGACUUCAAUCGAUUCGGAAAGCUCCGUUUGUACGGCACAAUCCGUGUCGGAAAGGACAGGCAGUCAUGGCAGGAACUGGAAUGUUUCCUGUUCGCCGAGAUGCUUAUUUGCGUAAAGGAAAAGAAAGUCAUGAUACCCCAAGGAUGGGAAGACACGCAGCCACUGCGAAAAACAACCCGUUGCACGCUCAAGGGCUCUAUUCUAAUUAAGAAACAUCUGAACGAAGUAUCAGAAUCAGGGGGUAAAGCCAACCUUGGUCAAACAGAAAAGAUUACGAUGUCUAACUUGACGCCUGCAGAAGAAAACAUCCUCACACUCAGCCUUUCAGUAGCUGAGCUUCCUUCUUUCCACCUAAGAUUCGAGAACCGCAACCAGUUGAAAUUAUGGCAACAAGCGUUGUUAGAUUUACACGCCGUAGAGGCAUCUCCUGUUCGAAGCCCAGAAUACGAUUUAUCAGAGCCAGAGGACGAGGAUUGGCAGAGAGUGAAUGGACCAAAUCGAGGUUCAUCGGUCAAUUCAUCCUCAUACGGUGCACCGAAAUCAGCAACAACCGCCGGAACGGAUUAUACGAACGCCGCUCGAACUGUCCGAUUACCACCAGUCGUCCAUGUACCAUUCGAUAUUGUCGUUGUUGUUCCAAUAUCUUCCUCCAUGCAAGGUGUGAAAAUAAGCCUCGUUCGCGACGCGUUGAAAUUCAUGGUAUCGAAUCUCGGAGAGCGUGAUCGGAUGGGUCUGGUUACCUUUGGAUCCAGUGGUGGUGCUGCACCACUAGUUGGAAUGACUACAAAAUCAUGGAACGGAUGGCCAGGCAUCCUCUCUUCCAUCAGACCGGUUGGACAGAAGAGUCACAGAGCAGAUGUUGUGGAGGGUGCCAAUGUCGCGAUGGAUCUCCUAAUGCAACGAAAAUCAAAUAACCCAAUUGCCACUAUUCUCUUGAUCAGCGAUUCCUCAACCUCGGACCCAGAGAGUGUCGACUUUGUCGUUUCGAGGGCAGAAGCCGCAAAGAUUGCGAUUCACUCCUUUGGGUUGGGAAUGACACACAAGCCGGAUACUAUGAUCGAGCUCUCUACCCGUACAAAGGCUUCCUAUACAUAUGUCAAGGACUGGAUGAUGCUGCGCGAGUGCGUUGCUGGGUGUCUCGGUGCCCUCCAGACGAUGUCUCAUCAAAAUGUAAAACUAAAGCUUCGACUGCCAGAAGGGUCGCCUGCCAAGUUUGUCAAGAUCAGUGGUGCUUUACAAAUCACCAAACGAGCAACUGGCAAAGAUGCCGAGGCUUCCUUGGGCGAUCUACGAUUCGGCGACAAGAGGGAUAUCUUGGUACAACUGGUGAUAUCUCCAGACAAUGCGUCUCAGGAACAACUACCACAGGAUCCAUGGGAAACCAUCGUAUCUGGUUUGGAAGCACUUGGCGGACCAUUAGAUCAGGAAGACUCGCGAACUCUUUCGAUUGAGGAAGUUCCACUCCUUCAGGCAGAUCUUACUUGGGGAGAUAUUAUGAGAGACAGUACUCUGACGCAACUCCCUCGUCCUUCCUUACUUGCAAUCACAAUGCUUCCUGCAUCCCCAAGCCGCAAGAAGUCUGAGUCACAAUGGCCGAAUACACCAUCUAUUCCACCACAUCCACUUGUCGUACAGCGACGAAUGGAGCUUCUUACCUCGGACAUGCUUACCCGAGCUCUUACCCUAGUAUCAAGAGGCCAGCACGACCGAGCCCAACACCUUCUCAACGAGACCCGUUCUAUCCUGAAGGGUCUCGGAAAAGGUGGUCUACCACCAAUUCCUCCACCAGGCGCGAAGUCACCAAACACCGGCGACUCCUCAUCACCCACAUCUUCCAUUACCCCAGACCGUCGCCGCACACCAUCUCCUACCUCAGCUGCUUCAGCAACGAGCCAGCACUCCCAGAUUCCUCGUCACGUAUCCAACGACGCUCUUUCCAUGAACUCCUCUCCUGGAAUAGAUCCCACAACCGUAGCCGCCUUGGACGCGGAAUUAGAAUCUAGUCUGGAAUGGAUAUCCCACCCAGCAGUCUUCGGUCGAGAUAGCAGAAAAGCUGUUCUCCAAGCCAUCGGUGUGAUCAGCAGUCAACGAGGUUACACAUUCCGUACACCUGUUGAAAGUCUCUGGUCGAAUCGCGUCAGCGGCGUCAAACGCCUGACCGAACGCAGUCGAGAAUGGCGAGAAGAAGGCGGUGGCGAAGGUGGCAUCAUGGAAGAGAGUUAA